CGGGUUUGUGACGUCUUAAAAGGGGACACACCCAGUGUGUAAAAUCAAAUCAGAUUGUUCCACUUCCUGAUCUUCCAUCUACCUGCUUCUGCUAGAUUACCACAAUGAGCUACCCCGGAUACCCCUCUGGACCCGGCGGCUACCCACCUCAGGGUGGCGGUUACCCCCCACAACAGCAGCAACAACAGGGAGGGUAUCCCAGCUACCCUCCACAGGCUGGUGGGUUCCCAGCUGGAGGUGGAUACCCUCCUCAGGCGGGCGGGUAUCCAGGUUUUCCUGCACAGGGGGGCGGUUACCCUGGUUUCCCCCCUCAAGGAGGCGGAUACCCUCAAGGCCAGCCUGGAGGUUACCCCUCCAUGCCUUCUGGAGGUGGAUGGGGAGCUCAGCCCGGAUACGGAGCUCCUGGCGGGAUGCCGCAGGGCUUUCCUGGAGCUCCAGCACCGGGCCAACCGCAACCCAUGCCAGCUUACCCUGGUGCUCCUGCCCCAAACCCCUCAUUUCCCGGUAUGCCUGGCUUUGGAGGACCCGUAGCCCCAUCAGGACCCAGUAUGCCCGGAGCACCUGCAGCACCUGGAAUUCCUGCUGCUCAGAUGGGGUUUCGUGGCACUAUAAAGGAGUGCCCCGGUGCUGACCCUCUGAGAGAUGUGGAGGUUCUUCGGAAAGCCAUGAAGGGCUUCGGCACUGAUGAGAAUGCCAUCAUCGAGUUGUUGGGCAGUCGCUCUAGUAAGCAGCGAGUGGCCAUGGUCAGGGGCUACAAGACCACCUACGGAAAGGACCUGAUUAGUGAAUUUAAGUCUGAGUUAACAGGGAACUUUGAAGCUCUGGUUUUGGCGAUGAUAAAAACUCCGACUGAGUUCGAUGCCUCCGAGCUCAAGCACGCCAUGUCGGGAGCCGGGACGGAUGAAGCCUGUCUGAUUGAGAUUUUGUCUUCUCGCACCAAUGCUGAGAUCCAAGAGAUCAACCGCAUUUUUAAGGCUGAGUACGGCAAAGCUCUGGAGGACGCCAUCAUCCACGACACCUCGGGUCACUUCCGCAGGCUGCUGGUCUCUCUGUCCCAGGGCAACCGUGAUGAGAAUCCGAAUGUGGACAUGGCUUUGGCUAAGCAGGACGCUCAGAAACUGUAUGCAGCAGGAGCAAAUAAAAUAGGAACAGAUGAGUCUCAGUUUAACGCUGUUCUGUGUGCUCGCAGCAAACCACACCUCCGACAAGUGUUCCUUGAGUACCAGCAGAUGUGUGGGAAAGACAUCGAGAAGAGCAUCUGUAGCGAGAUGUCUGGAGAUCUGGAGGGUGGCAUGCUGGCAGUGGUGAAGUGUAUCAAGAACUCGCCUGUGUACUUUGCUGAAAGGCUGCACAAGGCCAUGAAGGGGGCGGGCACCAAGGAUCGCACUCUGAUCCGUGUCAUGGUGAGUCGCUCUGAGAUCGACAUGUUGGACAUCAGACAGGCGUAUCUGCAAAGCUACGGCAAAUCUCUGUACACUGAAAUCUCUGGUGACACAUCCGGCGACUACAAGAAGCUGCUGUUGAAGCUGUGUGGAGGAAGCGACUAACAGGGAACACCACUGCGCACACACUAUGAUGCCCCAUACAGCGCCACCUACAGGCAUCAGUGUGCACGUCUGUGAGUGCAGAUAUAAGCGCUGCACCCAGAUUUCAUGUUUAAUGAAGAGUGUAUCAGAGGAAUAGUGAAUUAUUGUUAUGCAGGAAGUUUAGUCCACCUAAUGGCCUUAUGUAGAAAUGUGUUUGUGCCUCAGAAGCAACGUUUCAUGAUAUGAAAAUAUAUAAAACAAUGUAUCCUUUAAUCGUUUCAUAAACAAUCAUAUAAUUAAUCACAAUAAAUGUUAAUGUAGAAUAGAA